CUUAACCUCGCCGCGCGCGUGGUAGGAAUUGGAAAACCGUUCAUGGGUCCGUCGCAGCCACGCGGAUGGUCGGUCGCGGCCACAGGAGUAGCGCAAAGAAAAAGCUUACUCGCUUGAAUUGAUUGAAUUAAUAUAGCACAUUUGCGGGACUAGUUUUGGGGGAGUCCGUCGGAGUAAGGCAAAUUCCUUACCGAAGCGGAUAUGCGGCAAAUUCCAGUUAUACGAUCGCGAGCGGCUUCUUAAAAGAUGAACUCGUCGCCGUUCAUAUGUAUUGUGUUCCAAAUACAUUCCAGGAGCCUUGCCAGCUCGCUCUGACCGUCGUGCGUCCACACCUGGUUCACACAACCCACCCACCCACCCUCGUUGGUUUUGACUUGUGCUACCAGCCAGGAAAGAUGCCUCCGGAGUAUUGGACCGAUUACAUGUGGCUGGUGAUUUGCGGCGCCCUCGCCUCAUUCGCCAUGGCCUGGGGUAUUGGUGCUAAUGACGUCGCCAACUCCUUCGCCACCUCCGUCGGCGCCAAGACCAUCUCCCUUCGCCAGGCCUGCAUUAUCGCCGGUAUCUUCGAGUUCGCUGGUGCCCUGGGCCUGGGCGGCGAGGUGGCACGCACCAUCGCCGGCUCCAUCGCCCGCCCCGCCGCGUUCCAAGACAUGCCCGAGAUGUUUGCGUACGGCAUGCUGUGCGCCCUGAUCUCCGCCUCUACCUGGCUUUACAUUGCCACGUACCUGUCCCUGGCCGUGUCCACCACCCACUCCAUCAUCGGCGCCGUGCUGGGCUUUGCUCUGGUGUGGGGCGGUUCCGGCGCCGUGGUGUGGAACGACCGCAAGAAGGAGUUCCCCUACUCUACCGGUCUGGUGCCCGUCAUCUGCUCCUGGUUCGUGUCGCCCAUCACUGCUGGCAUUGCUGCCGGUGUCCUCUACUUUUUCAACCGCCUCAUCGUGCUGCGCCGCCAGAACUCCACCACCCUGGCCAUCUGGGUGUUCCCGUUGCUGGUGUUCCUGACUGUGUUCAUCAACCUCUUCUUCGUUAUCUACAAGGGCGCCAGCAAGGUUGCGGGCUGGACCAGCCACAAGGCCGCCUGGGUGUCGGCCGUGGUGGCUGCUGGCCUGUUUGUGCUGGCUUGCUUCCCCGGCACUUGGAUUCUGCGCCGCCAGGUCACCAAGGACAUGGACGAGGCUGCCCAGAAGGCCGCUGACGCCGAGGCCAACGCUGGCAAGGAGAAGGAGGGUGUGGAGGAUGCUGAGCCCACCUCCAAGGCCAUGAAGAUCUUCAACUCGAUCAAGAAGGCCGCCACCCGUGGCCUGGACGUGGACAUCCAUGCGAACGUCGAGACCGACCGUGCCGUCCACGACCUGCACGCCGCCGCCGAGGUGUUCUCCCCCGAGACCGAGCAGGUGUACAAGUACCUGCAGGUCUUCUCCGCCUGCGCCGUGUCUUUCGCGCACGGAGCCAACGAUGUCGCCAACGCUGUGGGCCCCUUCGCCGGUAUCUACCACGUGUACCGCUUCUGGAACGUCGCCUCCAACGGCGAGACCCCCAUCUGGGUGCUUGCUAUGGGCGGCGCCGGCAUUGUGGUGGGCCUGGCUACCUACGGCUACAACAUCAUUGUGACCCUGGGCGUGGGCCUGGCCAAGAUGACUCCCGCCCGUGGCUACUGCGCUGAGCUGGCCGCCGGCAUCACCAUCUCCGUCGCCUCCGUGUACGGCCUGCCUGUGUCCACCACUCAGAUUAUCACCGGUGCCGAAAUGGGUGUGGGCCUGGUCGAGAGCGUCCGCACCGGCGUGAACUACAGGCUGCUGGCCAAGCAAUUCGCCGCCUGGGUGUUCACCCUGAUCAUUGCCGGCUUCCUGUCUGCCGCCAUCUUCGCUUUCGGCGCCUACGCUCCGUCGCUGACCAUGGGCAAGGACAUCUUGAAGUAUGAGACGUCCAUCCGCAACCUGACCACCGUCAUCUACCGCUCGCUCAACGCCUCCAACGUGGCGGUGAACACCAGCUUCCCUGGUCAGUUCGACCCCACGCUGAACCGCACCAUCACCACCAACACGCGGACCCUCACCAACAUGUUCAACAGUAAGACCAUUGGUUACAUCGACCCCACCCAGCUGGCGACCGAGAUGAACAACGCGUACCUUACCUACGUGAACUACUCUGUAGUCACCACCGGCUUCAACCGCUCCACCCGCGCCUACGUGCCCGCCAACCAGCCCUACGCCGCCAGCACUAUCGAGGUCAAGCCCUACGCCGUGGCCGCUCCCGCCGGCGGGCGGUAAGGCCAGGCCUGCGUCGCGCACAACUGCUGAAGUGGGGCACGGCGUAGUGUCAUGUGGCUCAGCGGUUUGCACAUCACUUUUACAGUGGCAUAGAUUUUGAUUGAAUGUCAGUAUUACCGUUGUCGGACAUGUGGACUGGUGCCAUCACGACUUGCAACCUUGUGAGCAGGAUGGAACUCAAUCGCCUAUCAUGACUCACUGAAUGACAUUGAAUUCGAGUACGAUCAUCGCUACCGGUGAUUACGAAUGCGAGCGGGCCCAACGAGCCUAACGCGUGCAGGCAAUACAUAGGCUAGAAAUACGAUAGGCGGGGCUGGAUAGCGGGCUGGGAUAUCUUUGAUGAUGCGUGGGGUAUUGUGCACGACUGUUCCUGACACUUGUUUGUAAUCACUGUGGCAAUCAGUCCCGUCCGUGAGAUAUCGGGGCGAAGAGGUGAAGACACUAGCGCACAGCAUUUUAGCAAUGCAAGUGUGAAGGACGGUUGCUCUCUGAACCGCCGCUGUCCGUCAGGCUUGUGUGUGCAGUCACUGCACAGGGAGAGACUAUGUGUUCAAUGCCUAACAUGUGUGUGCGCGGUCGCAUGUGCCUGGAUGCAACGAUGCGAUCAAGGAACCACAGGCUGUCAGUGUAGCUGUACACCUGGUGGGCCUGGAUGCGCAUGUGGCUGCACAAUGCUUUCGGCGGCAGGCGUUGUCAAGGAUCAAGGCUCUCGAGUGAAUGCACCUAGCCAGGUGGGACUCGUUAAGGUACACAAUCGUAUACUGUACACUGUUUGCUAGCGUUUGCUAACAUUAUAUGCAUGCUAGGCUGCGCUGCUGGAGCCGCUGGAGAAAGCCGGCAUCCUGGUUAAGCUCAGCCGGGACGCGCUGGCGGGCCUGCUGUCCAGGUUCACGGUGAGGCACAGGCAGGGCAGGGAAGGCCUAGGAGGGAGCAAAGCAGGGAGCUGACAGGGCGACACGCAUACGAGCACGGGGAGGCACGUGACGGGAGCAGGUUGGAUAGUCGUGACCAACCGCUGCACGAAGCCGCACUCUGAAGACCGGGAAUUGUAUAGCGGCUGAAUGACUGAACAGGGAGGGCGAGCGAGGCAAUCGGGUUCAUCCCACCCUGCUUCUGGUGGGGGAGUGUGUAUUGCAAACAGCGGCUGGAGGAAUACAAACUUAAUUAUACUCUAUACUUAUGCAUAGCCAGCUAGCUCGCGACACCACAUGCGGGCCUGGCGGUGCGGUUGACAGCAUGGGCAUUCGUGUACCCGCCUUCCGCCGGUACCCGACUUACGAACACCCCACCCCGGACCUGCCCGACCGUUCCUCUGACUCGCAUCUUCUGCACUUCAAUCACACACUCUGAUAUAGCGAAAUCCUUGUAAUGCACUGCAACGAGUGAAUGGAGGGCGCGGCCGGGUAACGUUGGUGAUGCCGAAUAUCGUCGGUGAGACAGGAAUUCCCCUCUUUCUCAUUGG